GGUACUCAUUGCGCACAAAUGCCGAUAUUGCGAGCGCUGGCGCGCGACAUGUAACGUUUCCCUACGGACAUUCCGGCCCGGCAUGCGCCGUAUCCAGAACUUCACACCAGCCACGUACGCGACCGACCAGAGCGCGGGACAAAAGCGACGCCGCCUGCGACCUGCCGUGUCGUGCGACCCGUGCCGGCUGCGCAAAGUCAAGUGCAACCAGGGCCAGCCAUGCGGUUCGUGCACAUUGCGCGGCAGAGCUGGAGAAUGCGUUUAUGGGGGCGACUUGGGAGGAAGGGUACGUAUCGCUGGCAACAGCGAGCUGCGGAACAAUGGCGCGAUGGACUUGGAGUUAAGCAAUGACUUUGGCAAAGACCGCAUGAGCAGGCUGGAGGCCCAGGUUGAGGAGUUGCAGCAGGUGGUUCUGGGGCUGGCUUCUGAGCUGCCUGCGUGGCCGGCGUUGCGAGGCGACGUCCCAACUGUCGAUUCAGGCGACGGAGCGGCGCAGCCAGAUCAACCGUUCUCAGCAGAGAGCAACUGUUGCAAGCCUAUGGGCAUCCGCGAUGGUAUAUUCGCGUCGAAGCAAGGCACCGUGCACUUCAUAGGACCAACUGGUUGGACCAUCCACUUAGACGAUAUUUAUGACAACAUCCCCGCACUGUUCGUGCACGUUAAACCUUUUGAGGCGCAGUGGAGCGCGUACCUCAGACUUCGCGAUCAGUAUCGCGGCUGGGGCCUUUCAACUCUACUCGAGUGGGCGGUUGUUCCUCCGUCCCCCCUCUCAGUCUCGGAUCUACUGGCGAUGUUACCACCACAGUCGGACUGUGAUGUGCUGGCAAGACGCUUUUUUGACACAUUCAACAGAAUCUAUCCAAUCGUUGAUGGGAAUGCCCUGCUUAAGGAGAUGUCGGACUUCUGGCAGUCCAAGACACCACUUUCGAACACUUGGGUUGCGUAUGCGCUAGCCGUCAUUGCGAACGGGCUGCUGGUCCCGGUGCAUGCAUUGCCUAACGACACCGAGAUAGUUCACGGUCGAGCAACUGGAAGGAAACUCAUGACGGCGGUCAUGCAGUUUGUCAUGUCCACACCACUGCUGUUCCGGAGACCGAAUUCGCGGGUCUUUCAGACGUUGCUUUUAUCGAUCCUCUCGCGGAAGCUCGAUCUCAGUGAACCCGAUGCAGGCGAUGGAAUCAAUGGCUCACUGGCAAUUGCUCGACAGAUGGCAUUUGCCAUGGGUCUACAUCGGGAUCCGAGCAGUGGUGUCAAAAUGACCGACCAAGUAGUCUUUAAAAAAGAUACAAUGGGCGAGGAUGCUAAGCUUAGACGCAAACUCUGGAUAAGCUUCCUUUUACUUGACAUGGAGCACUCCUUGCAGUCAGGAAUGCCUUUUCUCCUACGCCCUAGCGACUCCGAUACAUACCUACCGCCCGACACCGGAAUGCACGUCGAGUUACGCUAUCUCCGUUGCAUAUAUACCGCCCUCCCUCUUUGGGCCGAGGUAAUGCAGAAUGCAAACGCCUGCAGGAACACAUCAUCCCCGAGCAUCUGCUGCCACAAAAACCGCCAGAAUCCUCAGAAGGCGCCCUGGAGGUCUUCUUAAUCCAGAUGCAGCGCUCCAUGCUGCACUGCUUCAACAACCGCAUGAUAAUGAUACUGCACAGCACUCUGGCACCCUUUCCCUUCUCGACCAGCGAUAAUAACGCUGCACUUGC